AAAAACCUUUACUUUGUAUUUGUUCGGUCUUUGCCAACUCGAGAAAGUUUUGCUCAAUAUUUGAGUAAAUUAUUCGUCGCAAUUUUGAUUCCUGUUGCUGUCAUUGAAUCUCUCAGUUAAUGCGUCAAUGUAUACGUGAAAAUCAACCCUCCUUGUGAGUGGUUGUUUCCUUGUUGAAUUGUUUCCAUUGCACUCUAUUAAAAUUUGUUGCCUUUUCACUAAAUGCUUGUGACUGCUGUUUGGUUACUUAAAGCUGGGCUACGCAACAGAAUCAUAUCAGUUGUGAUUUGGCUCUGGUAGUGAGUGGAGGUGAUGCUCACAUUUUUUUAUAAAAUAGUCUUUGACGAAUUUUUCUACAUAAGAACAUUUGCUGAACUAACUUAUUAGCCAUCAAUUACAUAUAAAGCCCAUACAGUGUUCUAUAUUAUCAAAAAGUUGUACAGAUAAAAAUCUCACUACAAAGUGACAAAUAUUAAAUGCUGCAAAGACAAAUGUGCUAUUUUCGACAUACCACAUAUCGCUGCCUCGAUGUGACAUUACGCAAACCAUAACACUUCGUUAAGAGAACUCGUCCGGUAUGCACCUCUAGUGGACCGAAAGGAAUAUCGAACAAAAAAUUUAAAUAUCCCAGGAAAAUUAUUGAAGUAUAACUUAAAAAAUACCUCAUUAUAUUAAACAAAUAAAAUAAUGUACUAGUUUAAUAGUAACUAGAAACUACCUCAUCUACGAUAAUUUAUGUGAACUAUAUUAACAAAAAAAGAAAAUGAGUGAAAUCUGACUAAGAGACAAAAUAUAUUAAUUCACGUACAAAACUACCUCUAAGUACAAAAAGUGCUCAUCAGAAUAUAAUCAACAAGUUAACAUAGCAACCUCAAAAUAUUAAUUAUUCGGCAAAGAAGAGACAAGUGUUUUAUUAAGUUCAAGUGCGGAAAUUAAACAAAUAUAAUUCAGCAAUUGCUGGGUUAGUAACACCUAUUCAAAGUUAAUCGCUAGUAGACAUAAUGGCAAUAUCGAUGUUUCAGGACGCUCAGACACGAGGCUUAGCAGCGGCACUAGCUAGUAUCAAGCGCGAAGAAGUAGAUGUGCAUAAUGCUCUGUCCAUGUCGCCGCCAAUGUCCGCAAAUACAUCUGCCAACAAUUUGUAUCCCGGACUCCAGCACGCCGCCACUGCAACAGCUUUCGGAAUAUUAUCGCCUUCACAACUGUUAGCUGCAAAUCGCCAAGCUGCUGCCGCACUUAUGGCAUCUCAACUGUUUCCUCAACAUCCUGCAAUAUUUGGACAAAUGUGGUCCAAUGCGGUUCCUCAUAUUCCAUUAAACGCCGGCCAACAUUCGCCACCAACAAGUCCACACUCGCCAGUUACAGCGACGACUCCCUCAAAUGGCGGUAAACACAGCCAAAGUAUAUCACCUCCAUGCUCUGCACAAAGUGAACUAUCUACAAAAAAAACACGCAAAAUCGCGGUCAAGAAAGAUUUGAUUUCUCCUCCAAUGGAAAUGUCAAUGAAUGUUAGCGAUUUGUAUAGUCCUGCCGGUCCAAUCUCACCACCAUCAUCUGGCUCUUCUCCGAACUCAGCACAUGACCCCAAUAACCGUGCCGAUGCUACCAUCGCUAUCUCUGCCACAAAAGAUACCUCCCGUGAUAAGAGCUUUACAUGUAAAAUCUGUUCACGCUCCUUUGGAUACAAGCAUGUCUUGCAAAAUCACGAGCGUACUCAUACAGGUGAAAAGCCUUUCGAAUGCCCUGAAUGUCAUAAGCGAUUCACCCGUGAUCACCAUCUAAAGACUCACAUGCGCCUGCACACGGGUGAGAAACCCUACCAUUGUUCACACUGUGAUCGCCAGUUUGUUCAAGUGGCAAAUCUCCGUCGUCAUCUGCGUGUUCACACCGGCGAGCGGCCUUAUGCUUGCGAAAUUUGCGACGGAAAAUUUAGUGACUCAAACCAGCUUAAAUCGCAUAUGUUGAUACAUAACGGCGAGAAGCCAUUCGAGUGCCAUGAAUGUCGCAUGAAAUUCCGUAGACGCCAUCACUUGUUGAAUCAUAAAUGUGGCCAGACGACAAUUUCCAGCUUACAGUCGCCGCCAACUUCCCCAGAUGCAGCACUAAGCCCCGGUGGCCUCAGUGGUGAUUAUGGGCUAUGUGACCAGAAGUCUGUUAUGGGAUCUAGCUACGGUUCGGAAGAGUCUAUGGAAGUCGGACGUCCCGCCAACAUCUCGGUCUCAUCUUAUGAACUUAUGGAACAUCAUCACAACAGUCAACUCCAUACCACUUCAUCGUCCGUUGGUACUUCGUUAAGUAUAGCCGAAUCUUACGUCGACGAUGAAGAUGAUGAGGAAACUCCCCUCGAUCUCUCCGAAAAUGACAUGAGCAUUGAUGUUGGACGAAAUUGUACCAAGGGAUCUCAAGACCUUUACCACAUUUUUCGCUUGCCAAAUCAAAUCAUGCAAAUGCAUAGUGAAAUUCCCGAGCAAACUGAGCCUGAAGACCUGAGUAUGCAUCGAAACAACAAUUCUUCUUCGAUAACUUCUGCAGCCACCGAUACCCCCUCAUCUGAAACUAUGACAAUGUUGAAUGACGAUACUGAUUUUGAUGACCUGGAUAAUACCACCAUGCACUAUAUGCGACAACAUCAUUUUUCCAAUAUAAAACAAACCACCCUAAUGGAGUAGGAAGAGGUGAUGUCAAGGCAGAAAGAGCAGAAACCAUUUCUUUCAAUAUUGCGGACAAUGGGUGGAAAUCCAUUUUUACAGCUUCCAGCACUACUACGCUCCCUGACGGCAAUGAUGGGAUAUAACGGUGACCACCAGGCACAUACUAACUAUAGUUGAGAAGUAAAAUAAAUCACACCUUGAUACAAAGUACUCACCAAAAUGUUUAGUACUGAAGUAAACGUGAGCAGAGUUGACUUUGUUUUCGUUAGUUAGUACAACUAGGGUUAAUAUAGUAUACAAAGGAAUCUAUAUAAUAAGGACAAAAAUAUUUGAUUUGUAAAUAUGAAUGUGUAGUUAAUUGUUAAAGCGAGCUUGAUGAAUUAAGUGACGCCUCUUGCGCUCAGUUGUCGUCCCGAUCUUCCCUUUUAAACCUAUAUUGUUAAAAAACAGCAAAAUAAAUUAGAAUAUACGAGUAUGGCUAAACUUUAUAAGCCGACCUGAA